AUGCACAUCAUCACCAUACAAGAAACGUUUCUAGAGGUGCUUCUGGAUGUUUCUUCUGGAAAGACACUGCUGGAGUCGAUCUGGCUUGCUCGACGAGACUCCGAAAACGAAGAGCAGCAGGAGUUUUUUGACAUAUCCGUGCUGUUGAAAGAUGAUCUCUUGGUUCUCACCAUUGGAGACGGGCCUGAAAAAGAUACGUAUGCACUCGAGUUUCCAGAAUCAAAGCUACACUUGGGCCUUCGGGGAUCCAAAAUCUCCGCCUCAGCGAUCUCGCCGAACGGCGCCAUAUUGAUCGCAGGUACCGACACAGGCCACGUCUUCCAGUAUGACGUCGGCUCCAAGCUGCUUGCAGGCGAGAUCAAAAAUGCUCAUCUUGCCGACGUGCUAAGGAUCACUGUGCUCCCUUCUUCACAGGUGAUGAUGACCGUGGGGUUGGAUCUCCAGACCAAACUAUGGCCCGUGACCGCCGAGCCCGAGCCGCUGCCAGUCCGCGUUUUCUCCCGGCAAAAAGCGCAGAUCACAGACAUUGCGGUGGUGGACCGCGGCCGGAAUUUCCUCACUGCUUCGCUCGAUGGAUCGGUUGUUUUAUGGGAGUGUUCGUCUGCCCAGGUCGUGUCGCAGUUUCGUAGAAUCGACAAUCUCAGCGACCCUGUCACGUGCAUGGCGCUAGCCGGGGGAGAAACAGUCGAGCCAGGAAACACUGUUGGGGGCGACUUUCUAUUCGGGUGCCAGGAUAAAUACAUGUACGUGGGCUACGGGCUGGGGACGAUCCAGCAAUACAGCGUGGCGGGCCAUUUCCAGACCGGGCCCAAACUCCAAAGGACCAGUGCUGUGACGUCGCUCUGUGUGGAAGGGCAGUAUCUUGUUGCAGGCUACGCUGAUGGAUUACUACGGGUCCACGACGUCACUCGCAGCAAUGACGAGACACACUCUGCUCAUUGGGACUGUCAAAUGAAUCCCAACUUCCCAAUCAAACAAGCCAAUGUGCAGCGUGCAAAAAGUGGGCGUGGAUUGGUAAUUGUGGCCGCCAAUGGCCCCGAGUUGUUGCUCAAGAUCGAGUUUGACGGUGCUCGGUUUGAGUACAGCCAGCUCGUGGGGCUCAGUGAGAUGUUCAGGGUCGUGCUGGUGGGCAGCAGCGGGGAUGCAAUCUUCAUUACUACCGAAAAUGAGGUCGUGCAGUACUGA